AGGAGCCCGGCCUCGGAAGGCGGCCAGACGGCAGCGCCGGGGCCGGCGGUCGCCAGGGCGCGAGGGAGCGGGCAGUCUCAGUCGCCACCACAAAGGGCGCGGGACGGAGAAGUGAGCAGCCACCGACCCCCCGGCAAACUCACCCCACGCCCCGGCCCGCCCUCCACGGAGCCCCGAGCGCCCCCGACGCCCUCUCUCCCCCGCGCAGCCAACCCGGGGCGGCGGCUGAGGAGGGGGCGCCGCCGAGGCGCCUCCCCCGCCUCCUCACGCCCCCUCGGUCUGCGCGGCCCCGCCGCCAUGUUGGUCGGAAGAAGUGACUCGGACUAGACGAGGCCCCUCGGCCAGGCCGGCCCCGAGCCCGCGGGCGCGCGCUGCUCCCGGAGGCGGGGGCGCGCGGGGGGCGGCGAGGCGGGGCGCGGGGGCGCGCGCGCAGAUUUGAUAAUGGGCUGCAUAAAAAGUAAAGAGAACAAAAGUCCUUCCAUUAAAUAUAGAACUGAAAACACUCCAGAACCUGUCAGUCCAAGCAUCAACCAGUAUGGAGCAGAACACACAGCAGUGACACCGUCUUCUUCAGUAAAGGGAACAUCUGUAAACUUCAGCAGUAUUUCCAUGUCACCAUUUGGAGGAUCCUCAGGGAUGACACCUUUUGGAGGAGCAUCUUCCUCAUUCUCAGUGGUGCCAAGUUCAUAUCCUACUGGCUUAACAGGUGGUGUUACUAUAUUUGUGGCCUUAUAUGAUUAUGAAGCUAGAACUACAGAGGACCUUUCAUUCAAGAAGGGUGAAAGAUUUCAAAUAAUUAACAAUACGGAAGGAGACUGGUGGGAAGCAAGAUCAAUCGCCACAGGAAAGAAUGGCUAUAUCCCUAGCAAUUAUGUAGCCCCUGCAGAUUCCAUUCAGGCUGAAGAAUGGUAUUUUGGCAAAAUGGGGAGAAAAGAUGCUGAAAGAUUACUUUUAAAUCCCGGGAAUCAACGAGGCAUUUUCUUAGUGAGAGAGAGUGAAACUACUAAAGGUGCUUUUUCCCUCUCUAUUCGUGACUGGGAUGAAGUAAAGGGUGACAAUGUGAAACACUACAAAAUUAGGAAACUUGACAAUGGUGGAUACUAUAUCACAACCAGAGCACAAUUUGAAACCCUGCAGAAACUGGUAAAACACUACACAGAACAUGCUGAUGGCUUAUGUCAUAAGUUAACAACUGUGUGUCCAACUGUGAAACCUCAGACUCAGGGUCUAGCGAAAGAUGCUUGGGAAAUUCCUCGAGAAUCUUUGCGACUAGAGGUCAAACUAGGACAAGGAUGUUUCGGUGAAGUAUGGAUGGGAACAUGGAAUGGAACCACAAAGGUAGCAAUCAAAACACUAAAGCCAGGUACCAUGAUGCCAGAAGCUUUUCUUCAAGAGGCUCAGAUAAUGAAAAAGUUAAGACAUGAUAAACUUGUUCCCCUGUAUGCUGUUGUUUCUGAAGAGCCAAUUUAUAUAGUCACUGAAUUUAUGUCAAAAGGGAGUUUGUUAGAUUUCCUGAAGGAAGGCGAUGGAAAAUAUUUGAAGCUCCCACAGUUGGUUGAUAUGGCUGCUCAGAUUGCUGAUGGUAUGGCAUAUAUUGAAAGAAUGAAUUAUAUUCAUCGAGAUCUUCGAGCUGCUAAUAUUCUUGUAGGAGAAAAUCUUGUGUGCAAAAUAGCAGAUUUUGGUUUGGCAAGGUUAAUUGAAGACAAUGAAUAUACAGCAAGACAAGGUGCAAAAUUUCCAAUUAAAUGGACAGCUCCUGAGGCCGCACUGUAUGGUCGAUUUACAAUCAAGUCUGAUGUAUGGUCUUUUGGAAUUCUACAGACAGAACUGGUAACCAAGGGCAGAGUGCCAUAUCCAGGUAUGGUCAACCGUGAAGUGCUGGAACAGGUAGAACGAGGAUACAGGAUGCCUUGCCCUCAAGGUUGUCCAGAAUCCCUACAUGAAUUGAUGAAUCUUUGCUGGAAGAAGGAUCCUGAUGAAAGACCAACAUUUGAAUAUAUCCAGUCCUUCUUGGAAGACUACUUCACAGCCACAGAGCCACAGUACCAGCCAGGAGAAAAUUUAUAGACCAACUAGCCUAUUUUCUAUGCACAGAUCUGCCAAUCUGUAAAAUCCUUGUGUAGACUUCUUCAUUUACAUCCAGGAAUCAAAAGAAGAAAAUCUUCAUUCUGCAUGUUUUUAAUGGUAAACUGGAGUUCCAGAUUGAUUGCACAAAACUACCCCCCCUCCACCCCCAAUAGUUAAACUAAAGCACCGUGAUUAAUUUUCUUAUUUCAGGGUCCAAAGAAAGUGUAGCUAUGAAGUGGAUGAUAGUGGAAGUGAAAGCAAAACAAUGAAGAAAGACAAGGCAACUGUUUAUAAAUCACUUUUACCCCUCGAAUCUAGACGUAUUAUUAGUAAAAUAUUAUAAAUAAAACCUGGGAUAUAAAAUAUAAUAUAAUAAGAAUAUAUCUAAAAUUAAGGCGCUUCAUGGGACCAAACAAUUCCAUUCCAGUUUUUAAAACUUUUUACAUUCAUUCUCAAGUUUUUUCUAAGUUGAAAUAUGCAAUCUUAAUAAAUACCUCCUUUUGCAUGGAAAUGGGCUCUGUUUUUAGAAUCAAAAAAAGAAAAGAAAUAUCUAAAAUGUAAUUUGAUCUUAGGUUACUGCAAUGGAAUUGAAACUCAUGGGACAGAAAAGUAUAAAAAAUUUUCAUUUCGAUCUUUUCUAAAUAGCUCAGUUUAAAAUAAGGUAAGUAGAAAGUAAGUUGAUCUUUUGUAAGGUUUCAUUAAUUUUUUUUUUAAAGGUGAUGUGUAAUUAAAGUUGUAACAUCCAGUCCAAGGGGAAAUCUUUUAUCUUUUAGGUAGCAUGAAACUACAAGGCCCAUCAUUUAAGCAGUCCUUAAAAAAGACUGGUACUGUGAUAUAUUUCUAAUAUGUACUUAUGGUGAUGGGUGCCACAAAUACUAAAUACCACUGGAUCAGGGACUUGAAUGCACUUUUGCUCAUAUUGAAUAUAGAAUAACAAAAAUAUUUAAAAUAUGAGAAAAGAAAAUGUGAAAGUUUAACAGAAGGAUGAAAUGUUAUGUUUAAUAUUGAAGUGACAAAAAUGGCUUUGCUGGCACUCAAAGCUCUUCACUUAUCUAUUUUCUGAAAUACUAAGAGAUAUAAGGUAUGACCGCAAAACUAAUCUUUCUUUAACAUAAAUACUAAAAAGAGUGUUAAAACCUCAAUCUCAGAAAAACUCUAAUAAGACUUCCUACUAAUUUUAGUGAUACAUUUUAUGCAAAGCGAUUUUAGCGUUGCAAUUUUCAAAUCCAGAUUUGACUCUCCAUUCACUUUUUUAAGUCACAAAAUGUUCAUCAUUGUUUUCCAUUUAGAAUUUAGUUGAUUUGUGGAAUUUGUGGAAAGAUGUAUUCAGAAUUAACAGAGGGUGUAGCUUACCCCAUUUGAAAAUAAAGAUUUUGGAGAAAAAAAUUUAUGACUAAGAAAUUUCAAAAUAUGAAUUUGAAUAGCAGUGUUAAUACUUUGUAUCCAACAAAAAACUGAAUCUGACAACUCUGGUAUUAAUAUGUUAAAACCUCUUUCUCUUGUCACACGUUAAGUAAAUUAAUGUACCAGGUCCCCAUAUUUUAAGAAUAUAAUUUGUAACUACCAUCAUUUAUCUGAUUUAAUCAUUAGAUUAUAAUUUCUGGGUCAUGGUAUCUAUUUUGCAGUUCAAAAUUUUUAAUGUGACAGAUGAACUUCAUGCAAGUUGGCAACAGUCUGGUACUAAACAUUGUGGUGGUUUCUUAUGUUUACGUAACCAGCUUAUGUAAAGCUGACUUCUUCCAAGAGGAUUUUCCCAAGGAGACUGCCAUUAUCAUUUUAUCCUUAAUGUCUGUAACUCGUGGCAUCAUAUUUUAAAAGGGCUUUCCAUGAACUUUGAUAAUACCAUUUUUCUAAACAUUUUAGAAAGGAUAACAAAAUUUUGUUUAUAUUCUAAUUCUGUUCAGAAAAAAGAGCCAGGGAAAGUUAAUGGUAUUCAUGAAGUUUUAACAGAAUAGACCAGUUCCUCAUAUCAUUUAUAUAAUAAGGAAAUAAAACACUAACUUAAUGUGUA